GGAGAAUUCAAACUGGCGCCGUGCCGUUAGUGAGCGGAGCGCGAGUUGGUAGUUGAGUGGUCAUGGAGCUGGACGGUCUGAGGUACUCCGAGCUGCAGCAGCUCGCCAAGCAAUGCGGGUUGAAGGCGAACCUGAAGGCGGAUAAGUUAUGUAAACUCUUGCAAGAAUAUUUCCGAGAGCAGCCGAAAGACAACGCUGAUGUGCAGGUUUCAGAAGAUGAUAAAUGUAAUACAACCAUCUUGAAAAAAGGGGAAGAUGCUUAUGUGACUAAACGAUGGGGUAAGGGGAGGCUGUUAAAUAAAAGCAAGGAAGAGCAGAAAGAAAAUCAGAAUGAAUCUGGACAUCAGCAGGCAACAUCUGAAACUGAACAGCCUUCAAUGGUGGUUUCACCUCUUUCAGAAAAUUGUCAAAACACAAAGGGGUCAGACUCCAAGAGGAAACAAAGAAAGCGACAUGCAGAAUUUGAACUUUCUGCAGACACUGGGACUGAAAGAAUAGCUGAUGAGAAUGCUGCUGCAACCCAGUGCAAACAUUUACCAACCGAGGAAGCAACUGCCACAUCCAAAGGGGCUGCUGGUCAAUCAAAGACUCUUGUUCCUGGUGGCAAAAUUCCAGUGUAUGUUGGAGCAGCCAAGAAAACUGGACUAAAGACUCCCAGCAUUGCUGGAAAAACUGGACUAAAAAAUGCUACUCCUGACUGGAAGAAGAUUCACGAAGCGAAUUUCAACAAGAUGGAGUCAAUUGACUUGUAUGUUGAACGGAAACGGAAACGUCUUGAAGUUUUUAGUAAUUCUAUCAAACAAGUGAAGAUGUUGGCUGAAAGUUCCCUUCCUCGCAAGACAUUUGAAACCCAGUGUCCAGGCAGCAAUGUGAAGAAAUCACUAAAUGGACCUCAGAAGAGCAUGCCUUCUUUGCUUAGCCCAGUGCAACAGACAAAAACUACUCAAUUAUCUACACCAGCCAGCCAAUCUAAAUUGCCACGAACCUCUGUCUUCAAACCAUCUGUGCACUCUGUUUCCAAAAUGAAUGUUCGGUUUUCAGAAGCUACCAACAACAAUGAGAAAAAGCAAUCUGCAAUGAAAACUCCAGCCAGAAUGUCACCGUACACAGAACCAUCCAGUAAUCUUGGCACUGAAGAAGUGAAAAUAAACAAGUCUUCACAGCCCAUGAAACCUAAAGGCCAGAGAGAUACCAGCAUCAUGGAACAUGCCCAGACUAAAGUGGUUACUCCAUACAAGUUCUCUGGCAAUGCCACUCCUGGAACCAACAAAAAGUUUGACCUGCAGGCCAGCUUGUCUCGUCCUCUUCGAUACAAGCCACACAAAGGAAAAUUAAAAGCUUGGGAGGAGACAAGAGAGAUCAGGGUGGCUGAAAAUAAAUCACAGAAUACAAAGCCUACUGCUCAGAAUUAUAAACAGCCAAAAUUGCAGACGAGGGAAAAUCGACGGGAGAAGUUUGUGGAAAAGAGGAAGGAGAUGAAGAACAACAUGAUGGGAGCAAGGCGAGGCUUGGUCAUGGAGUGAAAGAAACCACCCACUGUACUGUUCAUGCUAACAUUUUCCUUUUUUUAUGUUGUGGUUGACUACCUUUUUAUUAAAAACUAUUUUGCUUUUCCUUUUGUGUGUAGCACUAUAUUCUUAAGGCUUUGGUUGAUGUAAGUUCAGUCUUGAAUCUAAAUGUAUUUUGCAGAUAAGCAUUUCUCAAAGCUGUUUUCGAUAUCCCCUGUACACAGAAAUGAAUAUCAAUGUCUGAAUUCUCUAAAUUUCAGGUUUAGUUUUAUUUACUGUAUCGAGUACUUACCCUUGCGUCAUUGGUUGGGAAUGUAGGAGUGCUCCAUUGUGUGUAGGAAGUGACUUCCCUACUGAUGUACAGUUUGCUGUGCAGGAAUAGGAGUUCCAUUUGGUAUGUCUAACAGUGGUAGCAGCUUUCCAGCAUUAACAUCUCUCAUCUGCUUAGUAUUACAGUUCAGUCAGAAUACCAUGCAUCCUUGCUCAGAGAUCUAAUGUCUUUCUAUUGUCUGUUCAUGUUGUCCAAUCAUAGUUCAAUGCCACUGAUGUUUACUGCCCUGCACUUUCUGCCUCUACUCCAGAUCUUCAGCAUGGAGGUUUGUUCAGCCCCAAUCAGUUGAUUCUGUUUAAGAAAAGGUAGUACAAUAUAAUCUGAAUUGUGCACAUUGUAGCUCUUUGCUAUUUAUCCUGAUAGUGAUCAAUUAAAUGUACUAAUUGUUGCUUGAGCUUGUUGGCUUUUGACAGAAAGCUGAAGUGUAUUUUUAAAGUGCAGAGAUUACUUUCCUAAAGGGAACUAACUAAACAAGUUAUGGUACUUUGCACAUCACUACUUCAAUUCUUUCACGUGUUCAGACCCUAUUGCUAUGUAGAAUCCACACAGAUGGCCAAAACUCACUGCUGUGGGAAUUUUGAACUGCAUUGUGUUUUCAUUUGGUUGAAAUAGUACUCAGCCAGAGAAAAAUUUGUUAAUAGUUCCUUUGACUUUUUAAACUACAAAGCCACAGUCUAAAAUGAGAACACAAUUUACUGGACACACUCAGACAGCACUUCUCUCCAACAAGGAUCAAGCAAUUUGCUUAAUGUUCUGUGAAAAGCUCAAAAGUGUAAAGUCUCAAAGAAUGAGAUGGCAGAGCUAUAACAUGCCAUACAUAGAGGCUUCAGGGAGGAAGACAGAAAGAUUAACUGAAAGAAGUGAUAAUAGGGAAGUACUACUACUUUGAAGUUCUUUAGCAACUGAUGCUUCUCUCCUGAUUUUUUUUAAAUCUAUCCCUCUGUCAUUGUAAUAGUAUUUUUGUAUGGAUGCAAUGAAAAUUGGUAAAAUAAAACAUUCUGUAUUUGAUUGUGAA